AUGAGCACACCCAUCUUCAACCUCUCAAUCCCCAACGGCGGAAACCCCCAACUCAUAGACGUCAACGCGCAAUAUUCUGGUUACGAAUUCCACUACACGUACAUCAUCUUCUGCGGAUUCAUCGUCUGGCUCAUCAUCCCCGGAAUCGGUCUUCUUUACAGUGGACUUGCACGGCGAAAAUCAGCUCUUACUUUACUCUUCCAAUCGCUUCUCGUAGUGGCAGUAACGACGUUUCAAUGGAUGUUUUGGGGCUAUUCUCUUGCGUAUUCGCGGACUGCGGGUCCAUUUAUUGGUGAUCUAGCGAAUUUCGGUUUGAGGAAUGUGAUGGCUGCUCCGUCGUUGGGUAGUGCGGUGAUUCCGGAAAUCGUGUUUUGUUUGUAUCAAUUGCUGUUUUGUGCGUGUACAGUUCAGAUUGUGGUUGGUGGUGCUUUUGAGAGAGGAAGGAUUAUGCCAAGUUUGGUGUUUGGGUUUUGGUGGGCUACUGUUGUUUAUUGUCCGAUUGCUUGUUGGACUUGGAAUCCUAGUGGGUGGUUGUAUAAUCUUCCUUCUUUGGAUUUUGCAGGUGGUGGUCCAGUUCAUAUUGCAUCUGGAUGGUCUGCAUUGGCAUAUGCUCUCGUAUUAGGAAAACGCAAGCACACUGGCGAGAAGUCUCAUGGUAGACCACAUAAUACUACACUUGUUUUCCUUGGUACAGUACUCAUUUGGUUUGGAUGGUUUGGUUUCAAUGGUGGUAGUGCUUUGAAUGCCUCCAUUAGAGCCAUGCUCGCUGCAUUCAAUACCAAUACUGCUGCUUGCACUGGAAUGCUUGGAUGGGUUCUCGUCGAUUAUAUAAAACAUGGUGGGAGAUUCAGUCUUGUAGGAGCUUGUGAGGGAGCAAUCGCUGGACUUGUAGGAAUCACUCCUGCUGCAGGAUAUGUUUCCGUUUGGUUGGCUGCAGUCAUUGGUUUCAUAACUGCAGUAGUCUGCGCAUUAUUACAAAACGUAAAUGAAUGGCUUCAUAUUGAUGAAGGAAUGGACGUCUUCAAACUUCAUGGUAUCGGUGGGAUGGUAGGAAGUAUUUUGACUGGAAUAUUCGCUACAUCUUCUAUAAGCAUGCUUGAUGGAGUAACCUCGGCCUCAGGUGGUAUUGAUGGAAAUGGUAUUCAAGUGGGUAAACAAUUCGCAGAGAUUACCGCCAUUUCAGCCUACUCAUUCAUAGUGUCUUGUGCUCUUCUCUAUAUCCUGAAAUUCAUUCCAGGAAUGCACUUGCGUGUAACAGAAGAGGCUGAGAUUCAAGGCUUAGACAUGGAUCAAUUCUUUGACGAGCAAAUUGGUGAUUGGGCAAUAUUUGAUGAAUUGGAUCAGAGGAAAAUGGUAUUGGAUGGGAUCUCGCCAGGAACGCCACAGGUGCAAGAGGUACAAGAAAGGGUAGAACAGACUAAGCAAUCUUAA